GAAGGGCUGACUUGUACACCCUGAGGCCACGUGCUUGGCUCAAUAACAAUGUCGUGCACUGGAUGUGUUGCGCAUUCAAUGACUCAGGGUCAAGAAGAUUCACGCAUGACUUCUACUGCGUGUGUCCAGGGAUACUGCCGUCAUUGGUGGGUGUAUGCGUUUGAUGUAUCCGGGAAAAAACUGGUUGUACUAGAUAGCAUACCCAAAAGACCACAGAAUACAUUCGGGAGCAGGCUAGAUGCAUAUGCGGCGAGGCUCAUUGAGGACAUAGCACAGGUGGCCAUCCCCACUUAUAAGCCCACUCAACAAGGGCUACCUUGCACAUAUGCCUCUGUUCCAGUACAAUCAAAUGGAUAGUUUUGAUUGUGGGGUGUAUGCAAUAAAGUUUAUGGAGUACUGGACUGAAGCUGGGAAUGUGAAUGACUGGGAUUAUAACAUUAUCAAGUUAUAUAGGUUGGAGAUAAUGCUUGACAUCAUCCUAUGUCACAAAAAUUUGGUCAUUGGAGAUGCUCUGAAUGUCAUUAGCAGCCGUGAUCGACCUCCCGUGCGCCGCAACCAACCAAGG